AUGGACAACGAUACCAUUUUCCGCCUGCGCCUGAACUGCGUAGACCACUACCAGGCGCCUCCGACUUCACUUGAUCCGCCGAUCUGGGGCCCACAAACAACCACAUCGACCCAACUAGGCAAGCUGCCCGAUGUGCCCGUGAUCAGAGUCUUCGGGUCGACAGAGACGGGCCAGAAGGUGUGCUGCCACAUUCGUGGAGCAUUCCCCUAUCUCUACGUGCCGUAUACAGAGUCCAUUGCCAACGACGACGUGGCUCGGUACAUAUCGACCUUCCGGCACAGCAUCGACCAUGCGCUGGCCCUUUCAUAUCGCCGCAACCCAUACGACGACCCUCGAAAGGCUACAUUUGUAGCCCAUAUCAGUCUGGUCAAGGGUGUCCCUUUCUUUGGCUACAAUGUCGGGCAUAAGUACUUUCUCAAGGUCUAUCUUCUCAACCCCCUCCACAUGACCCGCUUCUCCGAUCUGCUCCAGCAGGGUGCCAUUCUCAGACAGCUCUUCCAGCCAUAUGAAGCACAUCUGCAGUAUUUGCUGCAGUGGAUGUGCGACUUCAACUUGUACGGAUGCGCCUACAUCGAGUCCAAGAAGCCCAGGUUCCGAGCACCACUGCCAGCAUGGGAAGAGCUGGACGACCCUGCCCAUUUGUGGCACGACCACUCCAUACUGCCCCGGAAUGUGCUGGACGCCGACAAGUUUCCCAGACAGAGCCACUGCCAGCUGGAGCUGGACCUGUGCGUCGAAGACAUUCUCAACCGCAAUGCCAUCGAGCCUCGUCCGCUGCACCAUUCAUUCAUCGAGCGCUUAUCGUCUCUAGAGAAUUUGCCUCCAGAUGAAAAGCUCGUGCAUUCUAUGGCAGGUCUAUGGAAAGACGAGACGCGACGCCGCAGACUGCGAAUGGGACUGACCGACCCGUUCUCCUCGCCGUUUCCACCCGAACUUCUUGUCUCGAUGUCUGCAGACCCACGAAACGAUAGUAAAGGUGGUUGGAUACACGAGGACGAGUUCCGAGAAAUGGUCAACGAAUUGGCAGAGCAGGAGAAGAAAGCCAGAGGCGGUGGACCAAUAUCUUUUGAAAGCUUCAGUAGUCAGGCCAAUAAUGAUGACAAGGAUGGUGUCAAGACCGUAUUGAGCAGUGUGGAUGACUUGUUUCACACAAAACACAUCGCUCUUACACAGCGACUCAAGCUAGGUGAAGCUGGUCUCACUGGAAGCAUGGGUGAGGCCACAGUGGAUGGUAGUGCCGUAGAAAUCGAAUCCGAGGCCGGAAAGCUUGAUCCAACAUUUGAUCGAAAUGCGCAUGGCUCCUUGUUGCCCGGUAGUGAUGGCUUUGAUCUACCUCAAGCAGCACAAAUUUCGAGACUGGACACCUCGAACGACCACAGCGCCAAAUCACUAAGCUCUGCUCAGCCCUCGGCUUCCCAGCGAUCUCAAGGGUCGCAAGGUGUCAGACAUGCAUUUCCGGCCGUGAAGAAUCCUCAUGACGCAGAAACGCAAGCAAGGCUUAGCCAAAGGGACGAUCUGAGUCAGAUAUGCCAACGAAAUUCAUCAAGCAGCAAGAAGACUGCGCAGGAGUUACUUGCGCACAACUCUGUUGAACUUCCUGCAAGCUCGCAGAAAUUUUCUGCCGACGUUGGGCCUAAGGUACCAACUCGAGUCGUGGCCAAAUAUGCCCGUACCUUCGGACUAGACUCUGACAAAGAUGUUUUCGUAUUUGGAAGUCUGCCGCCUUCCUAUCAAGAGGUGAACGAUAGCUUGGCGCCCUCGGUCAUCUACCAGGAUGCUUACUAUAGCAGCGAGAAGGAUGUCCCAGAGCGACCAAGAGAGUACGCUGGACAAGAGUUCCGGCUUGAGAGCAACACACUCCUUUACUUGCAUGCCUUCGACAGAGGUGGCUCCUUAAUAGAUGCCAACGUGCGCGCUGUGCACAAACCUGAGCUUGAGCUCGCCGAGCAGAGCCGCAGCAAAGAGUGUUCUCUAAGAACUUGGGAAAUCGCAAAGCCCCCGCCCACUUACGCCGAAGUACAAACUUGGCUGAAGGAUGAAGCACCUCAAGAAGAGAAUGAUCUUGAUUGGCUCGAGGUCGAUGGACCACCAGCUGCCUCUCAACUUAGACGGAAGAACAAGCCUCCGCCUGAGCUGUCACAGAUCGAGGGGCCGACUCAGAAGAACAAGCAUGGCGCCAAAUAUUCACAGAAGAACACCAGUACCAGCGUGCAGCACGAGACCGGAUACAUGAGCACGAUGAGUCUUGAGGUGCACGUGAAUACUCGCGGUGACCUGGUGCCAGAUCCUGAGCGAGACGAAGUCAACAUGGUGGUCUGGUGCAUUGCUGAUGAUCAAAUGGAUGAGAAGACUGUUCUCGGAAUAGCUGUCUUGGCUCAAGAAGGUGACGAAGACCGCCUUGACCAGAUUCGCCGCAAUGUGGGCAACGAUACCCAACUGGACUGCGAAGACAACGAGCUCGACCUAAUCAAUAGAAUGGUGGAUAUUGUCCGUCAAUACGAUCCAGACAUCCUGACUGGGUUUGAGGUGCACAAUGGUAGCUGGGGCUACUUGAUCGAGCGCGCGAGGCUGCAAUAUGAGUUCAAUCUACCAGAUGAGUUCUCAAGAAUGAAGUCAAAGUCACAUGGGCGAUUCGGCAAGGAUGCUGACCGCUGGGGCUUCACCCAAACAUCCACCGUGAGCAUUACUGGCAGGCAUACGAUCAACAUCUGGCGAGCUAUGCGAUCUGAGCUGAAUCUGCUCCAAUACACCAUGGAGAACGUCGUGUUCCAUCUCCUCCACCGACGCAUUCCGCAUUACUCCUUCGCUACGCUGACACGGUGGUACCAGAGUAAGAAACCGCGCGACUUGACUAGGCUGCUUGACUACCUCAUCACACGCACCAGGUUGGACCUAGAAAUCUUGGAUGCGAACGAGCUCAUACCAAGGACUUCUGAACAGGCACGUUUGCUGGGCGUCGACUUCUUUUCUGUCUUUAGCAGAGGCUCUCAAUUCAAAGUGGAGUCCCUCAUGUUUCGAAUUGCCAAGCCGGAGUCUUUCGUGCUCGUGUCGCCGAGCAGGAAACAGGUUGGAGCUCAGAAUGCCCUCGAGUGCUUGCCUCUCGUCAUGGAGCCCCAAUCUGCAUUCUAUAGCAGCCCACUGGUGGUGCUAGACUUCCAAAGUCUAUACCCAAGCGUCAUGAUUGCCUACAACUAUUGCUACUCGACGUGCCUAGGCCGCAUAGUGAACUGGCGUGGCACGAACAAGCUAGGAUUUGCAGACUUUCAGAGAGCUCCAGGUCUACUGGAACUCGUCCAGGAUAGGCUUAAUAUUUCCCCCAAUGGUAUGAUGUACGUCAAGCCAGAGAUGCGGAAGAGUCUGCUUGCGAAGAUGUUGGGAGAGAUUUUGGAGACUCGAGUGAUGGUCAAAAGCGGCAUGAAAGUCGACAAGGACGAUCGAACGCUGCAGCAGCUCCUCAAUAACAGACAAUUGGCUCUCAAGCUGAUCGCUAACGUCACGUAUGGCUACACGUCUGCUUCAUUUUCCGGCAGAAUGCCUUGCUCGGAGAUCGCGGACAGCAUUGUGCAGACUGGUAGAGAGACUCUGGAGAAAGCCAUUGCGUUCAUCCACUCUGUCGAACGAUGGGGUGCAGAGGUCGUGUAUGGAGACACGGACAGUCUGUUCGUGUAUCUGAAAGGCCGCACCAGAGACGAUGCUUUCAAAAUCGGCGACGAAAUUGCCAAGGCCGUGACUGAUAUGAACCCUAGGCCUGUCAAGCUCAAGUUUGAAAAGGUCUAUCACCCCUGUGUGCUGCUAGCCAAGAAGAGAUAUGUGGGCUUCAAGUACGAGAGUCCCAAGCAGACCGAGCCGGAAUUUGAUGCGAAAGGCAUUGAGACUGUUCGUCGGGACGGCACGCCUGCGGAGCAGAAGAUUGAAGAAAAGGCGCUCAAGUUGCUUUUCCGCACUGCCGAUCUGAGUCAAAUCAAGCAAUACUUCCAAACGCAGUGCACCAAGAUCAUGGCAGGGCGCGUGAGCGUUCAAGAUUUUUGCUUCGCCAAAGAGGUCAAGCUUGGUACCUACGCAGACAAAAGUCCUCCGCCGCCUGGUGCGCUGAUUGCCACCAAGCGUAUGCUUCGAGAUCCGCGAAUGGAACCACAGUACGGCGAGCGAGUUCCCUACGUCGUCAUCGCUGGCGCACCUGGAGCUCGACUGUGGGAACGGUGCGUGGAGCCAGAGCGACUGAUCUAUGACGAGAACGCCGAGCUCGAUGCGGAAUACUACAUCAGCAAGAAUCUCAUUCCUCCUCUCGAACGUAUCUUCAAUCUCGUAGGCGCGAACGUUCGUCAAUGGUUCGAUGAGAUGCCUAAAGUCCAGCGCAUCCGCAUGCUGGGAGCCCAGCGUGAAGGCGAAAUCAAUGCCAGGGGCAGGAAGACGAUGGAAAGCUAUAUGGGUAGCUCACUAUGCCUUGUAUGCCGGACGAAACUGGAUCCUACCGAAGCCGACGCAGAAGAACUCGAACUUCCGCUUUGUGCCGCCUGUCGUUACGAGGAUUCGACGAAUACGCUGCUGGCACUACGUCGCAAAUACCAAAAGGUUGAAAGGAAGGUCACUGAUCUGCAAGAUGUGUGCAAAAGCUGCGCAGGUCUGGCCUUCGAUGACGAAGUGAGAUGCGAUAGUCGAGACUGCCCCGUCUUCUACAGUCGUGUCAAAGCCAAUACUCAGCUGGGUGUCGCAAGAAACGGGAUUGGUAAGGUGCUGGAGGAAUUCGAGAGGGAGGUUCUGAAGAGAGAGGAUUUGGAGUGGUGA